AUGUCGGUGUUCAAUUAUUUUAAAGCAAAUAAUAAUGUACAAAUAAAAGGAAAAAGUGCAGUUAAAUGUGAUUACAAGUUAAAAGAGCCACAUGGUGAUAUAGAAGCAUGGACCUUCCAAGACAUCGCAUUUAAAGCGGAGUUGGACCGUCACGACGAUCCGGAGUUAGAAAAAGAAGCGUUUAUAUUAUGUGCAGAAGAACCGGCUGCCAGAGCAAGAAACAUAGCAGAACUUAGAGACUUAAUAUAUGAACGUGGCGAAUGUCAGCCUCCACGGACAGACGAUGCAUUUCUGUUGCGAUUCUUAAGAGCACGAAGGUCAAUACCAGCGCGGGCGCAUCGAUUGCUUGUACGAUACUGCAAUUUCCGUGAUCAGAACCCACAUCUUUGGCGUGAUGUUGACUGGUUUGGCCUCACGAGACUGGGCAACCUAAUCGAAGGAGUACUCUUCGACAGACCUGAUGUCGGCAGACUUAUUAUUUGCAGACUUGGACUAUGGGAUCCCGACGAGUUCUCAAUCGACGACCUACUUAGAGGGUGCUUGCUGAUGCUGGAGGUUGGCAUCCUGCAACCGAAGUUACAAGUCCUAGGUGGAAAUGUCCUGUUAGACUGUCAUGGUCUGACUCUGAAACACAUAAGGCAAUUCUCACCAGCGGUCGCAUUACAAAUAAUUAAUAUAAUGGGGUUUGCGUUCCCAACCCACCAGCGAGGAGUCCACGUGAUCAAUUGUUCCAGAGUGUUCGAGACAUUGUUUCACUUCUUCAAACGUCUGGCGCCGGUGGACGAACUUUGGAAGAAAGUACACUUUCACGGCAACGAUCUUAAUUCUUUGUAUAGACUCAUAGAUCCAGAAUGUUUACCGAAGCGCUAUGGUGGCCAACGUGUGGAAGUAUCUUUAGCUCAGUGGUUGACUAAAAUCAAAAAGUAUAAAAACAAAGAUUUUGAUAACGACAUGAGAAGCUUGGGAUAUGCUGCGGAUUAG